CAGAAUUGAAUGAAUAAUUUAUUGAUUAUUAAAUCGGUCGUUGUCUGUGAUGGAAACGAAUCCCGUUCCCGCGAAACUAAUCAACGCCGCGCCUCCAUAUGGACAUAUUCUCACUAAUGAGAAGUGGAGGGGCUCAUCACUUGUGCAGUGUUUUAAAGGGAGUGUGAAGACGAUCUUUGAAGAGGAGCUGGGCAUUGUGGACUUCUGUCUGAGCAAUAAGACUUGUGUCCUCUAUGUGUCAGAGAGUGAUCAGGUGGCAGGAAACAGCUACAGGAGGAAGAUCGUCCGGUUUAGAAAUGCUAACAGUGGUCUGCAUGGCAUUGUGAUUGUGGAAAAGACUCAUCUGAGUGAGCAGUACUUCAGCGGGCUGCAGAGUUUUGUGGUUUUGGAGUUGGGUCUGACACUACUGCCCGUGUCCAACGCUGCUGAAGCCGCACAGCUCAUAGCACAGCUGGUUCUUGGAGAGAACAAAGAGAAUCCGUUCCGCAGGAGAAGUGUGUCCAGACUGCUGGAGCCGGUGGUGUUGAGUUUGGUUCAGCAGAUUCCUGGGGUUGGAAAGGUGAAGGCCAUGCUGCUGCUUCAGCGAUUCCCCGGCAUCCAUCAGCUCUGCAGAGCUUCAGUCCAGGAACUAGAGGCUGUAGUGGGGCAGACAACAGCCCAGCACAUCACAGCGUUCUUCCACAACGAGUUCACAUAGAACUCCACAUCAACGACUCCAG